ACGUCAAAAUUCGCCCUCCUUCAAGGAAGUAACAAACCCCAGUAGGCCAGAGUUGAAACGUUAUACAACAGAACUAAAAGCACACAAAGCAGAAGGCACGUCGCCCAGAAGGAGCUCCAACGGAACAGUCAUGAAUCCUGAUAUUAGCCGUGAACGUGAAAAUGCAUCUUUUAACCUGGAGAUCCUUACGAACAUACUGGAUGGUGGUGCAGAAAAGACACGCAGGAGGAGAGAAAUAGAGUCUCUGGUUAUUAGUGAUCCAGACUUCCAGCAUGAAGACCUGAACUUCCUCUCCCGCAGUGAGAGAUAUGAUGCAGCAGUGCGGAAGAGUGCUCAGAUGAUUUUGAAGCUUAGGGAAUAUGGUAUUUCUGAUCCAGAGGAGAUCUACUCUUACAAGAGCUGUGUGCACCGGGGGCGUCCAGAGCCCCUUGACCUGCACUUGGGCAUGUUCCUGCCGACGCUGUUGAAUCAAUCCUCACCUGCACAACUGGAAGCUUUCUUCAUGCCAGCAUGGAACUUGGAGAUUAUUGGCACCUACGCGCAGACUGAGAUGGGGCACGGUACACACAUCCGUGGUCUUGAAACCACUGCUACUUACGACCCUUCCACCCAAGAGUUUGUUUUGAACAGUCCAACAAUCUCCUCUAUUAAAUGGUGGCCAGGUGGAUUGGGUAAAACCUCAAAUCAUGCUAUAGUCCUGGCUCAGCUGUACACGCAGGGCAAGUGUCAUGGCCUACAUGCCUUCAUCACUCCCAUUCGCUGUAUGAAGACACACAUGCCACUGCCAGGUGUAGUGGUCGGUGAUAUUGGCCCCAAAUUUGGUUUUGAUGAGGUGGAUAAUGGCUACUUGAAACUAGAAAAUGUCAGGAUUCCACGUGAGAAUAUGCUGAUGAAGUACGCCAAGGUUGAGCCGGAUGGUACGUAUGUGAAGCCUCCUAGUGAUAAGCUCACAUAUGGCACCAUGGUGUUUAUUCGCUCCAUGAUAGUGGGGGAGUCCGCACGAGCUCUCUCCAAGUCCUGCACUAUCGCCAUUCGUUAUAGUGCAGUCCGACACCAGUCUGAACUACGCCCAGGGGAACCAGAGCCACAGAUCCUAGACUAUCAGGCUCAGCAGUAUAAACUCUUCCCUCUGCUGGCCACUGCCUAUGCCUUCCACUUUGUGGGGCAAUACAUGAGUAAAACAUACCAUCGCAUCUCAGGAGACAUUAAUCAGGGUGACUUCAGUGAGCUGCCAGAGCUGCAUGCUCUAUCUGCAGGUCUGAAAGCUUUUACCACCUGGGUGGCAAAUGCAGGAAUUGAGGUUUGUCGCAUGUCAUGUGGUGGUCAUGGUUAUUCCCGCUGCAGCAGUUUACCUGACAUCUAUGUCACCUUUACACCGACCUGCACUUAUGAGGGAGAGAAUACGGUUAUGAUGCUGCAGACAGCUAGGUAUUUGGUGAAGAGCUACAAACAAGCACGGGCAGGUCAGCAGUUGACUGGCAUUGUUUCUUACCUGAACGAACCUCAGAGCAGGAUACAGCCCCAUUCUGUGUCCUCUCGGCCCACUGUCGUCAAUAUUAAUGACCUGGCCAGCCUUGUGGAGGCAUACAAAUUCAGAGCUGCGAAGUUAGUUGAAAUGGCAGCUAAGAACCUGCAGGCGGAGCUACAGCACAGCAAGAGCAAUGAGGAUGCCUGGAACAACAAUUCCAUUGAUCUAGUCCGAGCAUCUGAUGCCCAUUGUCAUUAUGUGGUGGUGAAGCUGUUUGCUGCAAAACUGAGUGAGAUUGGGGAUACGGCUGUCCACUCUGUGCUCAGCACUUUGGCUCUGCUUUAUGCCCUUCAUGGAGUCGCACUGAGCUCUGGAGACUUUUUACAGGCUGGUCUGCUAACUGUUCCUCAGCUGGCUCAGAUCUCACAGAGGCUGAAGGGUCUUCUCUCAGAGCUAAGGCCCAAUGCAGUGGCUCUGGUUGAUGCCUUUGACUACCGUGAUGAGAUGCUUAACUCUACUCUGGGGAGAUAUGAUGGCAAUGUCUAUGAGCACAUGUUUGAGUGGGCCAAGAGGUCACCUCUGAACCAUACUGAGGUGCACGAGUCCCACCACAAGUACCUAAAGCCACUACGGUCCAAGCUGUAAGAAGUGCCUUUAUGGGAGAAAGGGAAGAAUCUGUCCAAGAAAACUAAUACCUAUAGCUCUCCUCUCCACCACCACCACUGGGUUUUCUAAUCAUCUACUGUAGAAAAGGAACUUGUCAGUGAAGUGAUUAUAUUUAAUUUUUAAUGGAUAUGAUUCUAUGCCUACUUCUAAUUAUUUGAAGCAGUAAGUCAUGAUUGCUUUUUCUGUGCACUGAAUGAUAAUUUCAAGUUAAACCACUUAAAUUGCUUUUUGUAAUUGUAUAGAUUCCUGGUAGUUUGUAAUAUUUGCUUACUUGGUUUUACUUAGAGGAUGUAAUGUUACAAUAAACAUACCCAUGAUGCUUCAGAUUCAAAUAGCUGAAAUUAUGAGACCAUAUUUGGAUACAUUUCCAAUUCUCUGAGUCACAAACUUAAAAUGAAAUACUGAAAGUGAAUAUUGCAGUAUGCCUACUCUGAAUAACGUUUGAGUUUGAUAUGAUUAUUUACUGAAUAAUGAAUAAUUUCAGACAUCUUAAUAUCUCUUAAAAUCAUGCCUUAAGACACUCUGACAGGAAUGUCUUCUUUCUUUCUUGCUUUUUUUUUUUUUUUGUAGCGACAAUCAAAAUCAAUGUACGGUAUACAAUUAAAUACACCAUUUACAUAGUGAUAUACUGA